UCGUUUUCUAAUCUCCAAGCCAGUAUGUCUGGACGUGGUAAGCAGGGCGGCAAGGCUCGGGCCAAAGCCAAGACGCGCUCCUCCCGCGCUGGGCUGCAGUUCCCCGUGGGCCGCGUGCACCGCCUGCUCCGCAAGGGCAACUACGCCGAGCGCGUGGGCGCCGGCGCCCCGGUGUACCUGGCGGCCGUACUCGAGUACCUGACGGCCGAGAUCCUGGAGCUGGCGGGCAACGCGGCGCGCGAUAACAAGAAGACGCGCAUCAUCCCGCGCCACCUGCAGCUGGCCAUCCGCAACGACGAAGAGCUCAACAAGCUGCUGGGCAAGGUGACGAUCGCUCAGGGUGGCGUGCUGCCCAACAUCCAGGCCGUGCUGCUGCCCAAGAAGACCGAGAGCCACCACAAGGCCAAGGGCAAGUGAAGAGGUUAGCCGCUCGCUGUUCAGUGGCCUCUAUUCCUGGAUAUCAAAAGGCUCUUUUCAGAGCCACCUAAUGUUUCUAUAAAGCGCUGCAAUGCUUUUGAAGCACAUGAAACAUUAACUGAAGUUGUCACAAACAGAAUCAAGUUUCGAUUAUUUCCAAGUGGAAACUCAUGUUUUGCCCAGGAGAGGUCGGUUUCUUUAGUGCUAUGCAUCAUAAGACGUUUCAGAAAAACAAAACUAACAAAUCCACUGUGAAAUAAACGUUCAAAUGUGCAGGGAAACAACUACAAUUCCAUUUUUAAAAUUGCGUCUUAAGCAAUUAAGUAAAGGCAAUUUAGACUAUAAUAUGAAGAUAAAUUUGUGUCUGCAUGAACCUGAGUACCCAUAAAUAUGUCUAAGUUGGGCGUCAAUAUCCUCAUUUAGAAAACCUGAAAAGAAUAAAAGCCAAAAUAAGAAUAAAAAUGAGAGAACAAAGAAGAAAAACUAACCAAUAACAGUGGAGGGCGGGUUUUUUAAAUUACAGAGAUGAGGACAACUCUAAUAGUAACAUUACUUUUAAAAUGUUAGUUAUUACCCUUCAGAAAACUGUAGUUAACGAAAACCUAGUCAACACAACACGAUGCUUCGCUUCUAUGUAUUAAAUUUAAAAGACUCAACUGAAAACCAUCUUAUUAGUCAAUCUCUCCCUAAAGCAAACCUCAGAGCGCCGGACCGAUAAACCAGACUCAGCUUAUAAA